AUGGGUUUGGCAGCCGUUAAGAAUAGACAGAAACUUGGCUUUGAUCCGAGAAAUACCAACUGGAGCAAUGAUACGUCGAGGUUCGGUCACAAACAUCUCGAGCAGAUGGGCUGGAAACCUGGUUCUGGGCUUGGUCUCAUGCCCAACUCCACAACUUCUCAUGUUAAGGUGUCGAUAAAGGAUGAUAACCUUGGUCUUGGAGCAAAACUCCGUAAGAAACAAAAGACGGAUGAGUUUGACAGCGGAGAGUGUGCCGGUUUGGACGCGUUUCAACGUUUAUUGGGGCGUCUCAAUGGUAAGGAAGAAACUGUCUCCAACGAACUCGAUACCCAGAAAAGAGACAAUAUUAUAAACGGGAAAUGGGGUAUCCAUUUUGUAAAAGGCGAUGUUCUAGCCAGCACUUGGGAUGCUAAAACUAAGACCCUGAAAUUAUACAGUAACGAACUAGCCAAGCGCUCUAGAUCAGAUGAAGAUGACGAGCAGUGCAAGUCCUCGAAAAAGAGCAAAAAGAACAAGAGGGAUAAGAAGGACAAGAAGGACAAGAAGGACAAGAAGGACAAGAAGGACAAGAAGACAAGAUCUUCAGAAAAGAAGGACCAGCUAGUCCAAUCUAGUAGCGAUAACGAGGCAGAGGCAAAAUCUCGGAAAGACAAGAAAGACAAGAAAAAUAAAAAGGAAAAGAAGGUUAAAAAGGCUAAACAGGAAAAGAAGUCUAAAAGCAGGGAGGAUAAGAAGCGGGAUAAAAGUAGCAGGGGCAGCAAAAGCGAAGAGAUCACUCGUGAUGCAAUGCUGAAACCAAAAUCUGAAAGUAACGACAACAUCGUAUCGAGAUUAUCUGUGCGUUCCAAAUGGAUCAAACAGAAAAGAGCCGCUGUGAUGGAUGCCAAAGCGUUGAACGAAAUUUUCAUGAUCGCGAGUUGA